AUGGGAUGGUAUGGCAUGACAUGGCACGGCAUGGCAUCGCAUUGCAUGGCAUGGCAUUCAUGUCACGGCAGGGAUCACGCUGGGCAGGGAGAGGCGAGUGGCGGAGGUGGAGGUGGAUGCAGCGGGGCAGCACCGAGUGAAGGCUGGUGUGGAAGAGUACUCGGUGCUCAAGACCACUCAGGUGCUUCGUUUACUGUGUCAAUCCGUCUUUGA